AUGAAUUUAAUAACUUGCCGUCAAUCACUACGUCAUUUAAUAAACAAAUAUCAUAUUCAAUCAAACAAAACAAUUAUGAAUACAUUACUGCCACCAGAUGAAGUACGAGGUAUGAAAGUUUUUAACAUUGAUAAAUUCACAAAACCUGUAACUGUACCUGUUAUAGUAAUAAAUAAAAAUUACGUUGAAAAUGCUAAUAAAGUAUUAAAAAAUUAUAUUAUUAAGCUAAACAACUUUAAACCAAUUCGUAAUGGCUCUAAUGAUUCUGAAUGUAUUUUUUAUCUUGAUCCAACCAAAUUUUCUUCGUGUGAAGAUCUUAAUUUAACCUAUAUUUCCACUGAAAAUUUGAAUUAUGAACAAAUCGAGGUGGGCUAUAAUAAUUGGAAUCAUGAUGAAAUACUUAAGGCAGUCCUACCUGAAAAAUCCAUGUUAUCAAGUUAUUCAACAAUUGGAUCAAUUAUACAUGUGAAUCUAAAACCAGAAUUGUUGGAUUAUAAGAAUAUUAUUGGUCGAGUACUUAGUGAUAAACUUAAGGGGUGUAAAAGUGUAGUUAAUAAAAUUGACAAUAUAAAUAAUGUUUAUAGAAACUUUGAAUAUGAAAUUAUUUAUGGUUCUUCUGAUUUAAGAACUACAAUUAAAGAAAAUAAAUGCUUAUUUGACCUAGAUUUUUCAGAAGUUUAUUGGAAUCCAAGACUAUGCACUGAACAUGAACGUAUUUUGCAAAAACUAAAACCAGGUGAUGUUUUAUAUGAUGUGUUUGCUGGAAUAGGACCAUUUUCUAUACCAGCUGCAAAAUUGCGAUGUAUAGUAUUAGCUAAUGAUUUAAAUCCUAAUAGCUGUAAAUGGUUAAAAAUAAAUAAAAAAAAGAAUCACAUUAAAGAUGAACUCUUAACAAUUAUCAAUAAAGAUGGGAGUAAAUUUAUUCAAGAAGAUUUGAAGGCACAUUGCAUUUUAUGGUCAAAAACAAUCACAUCAGAAAAUAAAAUGCAUGUAACAAUGAAUUUACCUGCAAUUGCUGUUGACUUUGUGAAGUAUUUUAAUAAUUUAUUUGAAUGGGAAGAAAUAUCUGAUCACUCUCUACCAAUUUUACAUGUUUAUAGUUUUGUAAAAACUGAUAAAAGUUAUGAAGAAGGCUUAAAAUCAAUAAUGGAAGAAUAUUUAAGCAAUAUUAAAGAUGAUGAUAUUCAAGAAAUUAUUAGAGUCAGGAAUGUAGCACCCAAUAAGGAAAUGGUUCGAAUUACAUUUCAAAUGAGGAAAGACAUAGUGUGUAAAUCUGAAAGUAUUAAAAAAAGAAAAUUAAAUGAAAUUAAAAUUGAAGAUAGUGUUAAAAAGGUCAAAGAGGAUUCAUAAUACUUGUAACUUUACUACUAUAAUAUUUUUUUAUUUAAUGAUAUACACUAAUAAAAAUAAAAUAUAAUUUCUUAUUAAGUAAUAAUAUUGUUGUAUUUUUUUUAACUUUUUGUAACUGUGCUUUAUUUAUUUUACUUUAUUUUUACUGUACUCUAAAUCAGCUGUGUGCCAAUACAAACUUUUUCUUUAGUAUUUAAUACAUAGAUAGUUUGGAUAUACAUAGGGCCGUAUUUAGAGGGGUGGCUACAGGGUGCUAUUGCUUUGGAUAGUUGAUUAUGAGAGAUUUGUUAAUUUGUUUAUAUCUAAAUUAUAUUAAAUUUGUAUUUGGUAUAAUGAAGCGCUAUUUUUUAUUUUUCCACGGGAUGGAAAAUUCUUAAAUACGGUCCUGUAAAUAUUUCUUUAUGUUGAUGUUUAAAAUAUUGUGUAAAACAAUUUCUUUGAAAGUAGUGUAUGACAAUUUUGGUUUAUAAUUUAUUUGUUUGUUAUUGUUUAUUAUAAUUCUUAAACGAGAUGCAGAACUUAAAGUACCUAUAACCAUCAAAAUAUAAGUGUUUAAAAAAAGGCAAUAAAGCAAUCUUAAAAAUUAUAAAUUCCUUUCCUCAAACUUCAAAAAAUAAUAAAAUUCCAUAAACUUUUUUUAAAGGAGACUGGGUUUUUGUAUCUGUGCUGAAAACAUUUUUCUAUGACUACAAAAAUAAAUUAGCUGCCAUCUGAAAUUAGAAAUAAAUAUUUAAAAAAUAAGGACUUUUAAAUUUCAUGUUUAACAUUUUUAUAACAAUGUUAGAUUUUAUACAAAGCCCAAAAAAUAAGUUAUUGUUUAAAUUCCAUGCUGAGUUCAUGAAUAUCAUUUUUUGAGUCAAAUAGAGUUAUUAACCAUUAAUAAAAAUU